GAUGUAACUCUACUCUUUUAUCUUAAGUACUUGCAAGGAGGGAACGAUUCCUCCCGGAGUGGGCACUAACUCAACUAAACCAACUUCCGAUCUACUGACUAACUUACUACUUACCAACCUGCGUGAGUCAAGAGUAGGUUUCCGGCCGAUUGCAGAAAAUGGAAGACGCCCGCUCCGACAAGUAGCCGAUCAUCACUUUUACCAUCUCGACCAUCAAAACUUUUUGGAGCCUGCGGCAAAUUCCCUGGCUGCACCCGAAUUGGCUCCCUCCACACAACCAACCUUUUAACUCAUUCUUCCUUGUCACUUUUCUUCUUCUCCUCCUUCCACCCCCCUCCCUUUUUUCCUCCUCCUCCCUCGAACAGUCUUCUUUAAAUCUAACAGCUUUAUUCAAACUUUCGGGCUUCUCCCCCUCCCCCUCAACUUUUCUGUUCGAGUAGGCGCAAAAGCUGCCGCAUGUUGGCUGGCAAGAUGUUCUCCCUUCGCACUGCCGUGCGGAGAGCUUCCCCCAGCAAGCCCCUCCGCGCGCUCUCCGCACCGCUCGCCGUUUCUCGCGCCAGAAUCGGCUCCCCCUCUGCCCGCCACUCACUCAAAGCUUCUGCCGUUCCAUUGUUGCAAGGGCGUCAAUACUCUCGUGCUACCGAUCCUCAGCUUUCUUCCACCCGCUCCACGGUCGUUCAGUUGCUGAGCAACAUCGGCUCCAAGCGGGAGGUCCAGCAGUACCUCUCCCACUUCACCUCCGUCUCCCAACAGCAAUUUGCCGUCAUUAAGGUUGGCGGUGCUAUCAUCACCGAACACCUUCAGACUCUCUCCUCCGCCCUCGCUUUCCUGAACCACGUUGGCCUCUACCCCAUCGUUGUCCAUGGCGCUGGUCCUCAGCUCAAUCGCAUGCUCGAGGAUGCUGGAGUGGAGCCUCAAUUCGAAGAUGGAAUCCGCGUGACGGACGGAAAGACCCUGGCUCUGGCCAGAAAGUUGUUCCUCGAGGAGAACCUCAAGCUGAUUGAGGAGUUGGAGCGCAUGGGUGUUCGGGCCCGCCCGCUCAAUGCCGGCGUCUUCACCGCCGACUACCUGGACAAGGAGAAGUACAACUUGGUCGGAAAGAUCAAUGGUGUUAACAAGAAGCCCAUUGAGUCUGCCAUUGAGGCUGGCUGCCUUCCCAUUCUCACCUCCAUGGCCGAGACGCCCGAUGGUCAGGUUUUGAAUGUCAAUGCUGAUGUCGCGGCUGGUGAGCUCGCGCGUGCCCUUCAACCCCUCAAGAUCGUCUACUUGGCGGAGAAGGGUGGCUUGUUUAACGGUGACACUGGCGAGAAGAUCUCCGUGAUCAACCUCGACGAGGAGUAUGAUCACCUGAUGACUCAGUGGUGGGUGCGUCACGGCACUCGUCUGAAGAUCAAGGAGAUGAAGGAUCUCCUCAGCGACCUUCCUCGCACUUCUAGCGUUGCUAUCAUCCACCCCGCCGACCUGCAGAAGGAACUCUUCACCGACUCUGGAGCCGGUACCUUGAUUCGCAGAGGCAACAAGGUCCACACCAAGACCUCCCUGUCCGAAUUCGAGGAUCUGGACAAGCUCAAGGAUGUCCUCGUUCGCGAUCGUGAGGGCUUGGACGCCCGCGCUACUGUCGAUCGCUAUGUUGAGGGCUUGAAGGAGCGCGACUUCAAGGCUUAUUACGAUGAGCCCAUGAAUGCGCUCGCUGUUGUGUUGCCCCCUCAGAAAGAUGCCACCUCUUCGCUGGCACACUUGGCUACUUUCACCAUCACCAAGUCCGGCUGGCUCACCAACGUAGCUGACAACGUCUUCGCCGCCAUCAAGAAGGAGUUCCCCAAGCUUGUCUGGACUGUGAAGGAGGACGAUGAGAACCUGACUUGGUUCUUUGACAAGGCCGAUGGCAGUCUCAGCCGUGAGGGAGAAGUCCUCUUCUGGUACGGGGUUGAGAGCGGUGAGGAGGUCAAGCAGCUUGUUCAGGAAUUCAACGAGCACGGCCGCCAGAUGUUCGGAGACAUUAACCUCGAAUCGCGCUUGCAUCGUGCUGCCCAGGCCGCUACCCACAUCGGUAAGGGCUUCGGUGCUAGCGGCGCUUCUACUGAGCAAAGACGUGCUUUCUCCUCGACUAGUAACGCUCUCCGUGCUGCUCGCUCGACUCGCCCUACCGUUCCUGUGCAGGCUUUCAGGACUUACGCCACUACCAACCCCAACCCCCCUCUUGGAGAGAAGAACAUGUCCAACACCCGCCCUUCCAAGGUUGCUCUGAUUGGAGCUCGCGGUUACACUGGCCAGGCUCUGAUCAACCUGAUCAAUGCUCACCCUCACUUGGACCUGCGUCAUGUUUCUUCUCGUGAGCUGGCUGGCAAGAAGUUGCAGGGUUAUGACAAGCGUGAGAUUAUCUACGAGAACCUCAGCCCCGAUGAUGUCAAGCGCAUGUCUGCCAACGGUGAUGUUGACUGCUGGGUUAUGGCUCUCCCCAACGGUGUCUGCAAGCCCUUCGUCGAUGCUGUCGAUCAGGGUUCCGAGACCGGCAAUGUGAUCAUUGAUCUCAGUGCCGACUACCGCUUCGAUGAGAAGUGGACCUACGGUCUUCCUGAGCUGGUCAGCCGUUCCAAGAUUGCCCAGGCUACCCGUAUCGCCAACCCUGGAUGCUAUGCGACUGCUGCUCAGGUUGGAAUCGCUCCUCUUGUCCCUUACCUCGGUGGACAACCCACCGUCUUCGGCGUUUCCGGCUACUCUGGUGCUGGCACCAAACCCAGCCCUAAGAACGACGUCGAGAACCUUACGAACAACAUAAUCCCCUACAGCUUGACUGAUCACAUCCACGAGAAGGAGAUCAGCUCGCAACUUGGCGCAAGCAUCGCUUUCAUCCCCCACGUUGCGGUCUGGUUCCAGGGUAUCCACCAAACCAUCAGCAUUCCCCUCAAGGAGGAGUUGACUUCUCGCGAUAUCCGCAACAUCUACCAGGAGCGCUACGCUGGUGAGAAGCUCGUCAAGAUCGUUGGCGAGCCCCCUUUGGUGAAGAACAUUGCCGGACGCCACGGUGUUGAGGUUGGCGGCUUUGCCGUUCACUCCAGCGGCAAGCGUGUUGUUGUGUGUGCUACCAUUGAUAACCUGCUCAAGGGCGCUGCCACUCAAUGUCUGCAGAACAUGAACCUUGCCCUUGGCUACGGCGAAUACCAGGGCAUCCCCCUUGAUUAGGUUGUUU